AGGGGGUGCAAGUGGCUUACACGUGACAACAGAAGCCUUGGUGGCGCAGUGGUUAAAGUGAUCAACUGCUAACUGAAAGGUUGGCAAACCACCAGUGGCUCUGGGGGUGAAAGAUGUGGCAGUCUGCUUCUGCAGAGAUUUAAAGCCUUGGAAACCCUAUGGGGUCACUAUGAGUCAGAAUCGACUCGAUGGCAGUGGUUUACUAAAGGUUGAUGGUUCAAACCCACCCAGUGGCACCACGGAAGAAAGGCCUGGUGAUCUGCUUCCAUAAAGAUUACAGCCAAGAAAACCCUGUGGAGCACAGUUCUACUCUGUAACACAUGGGGGCGCUAUGAGUCUGUGUUGACUCGACAGCAGUUGGCUUGGUUUUAGGAGUCCCUGGGUGGUGUAAACUGUUAACACAUUCAGUUGCUAGCCAAAAGUUUGGAGGUUCAAGUUCACCCAGAAAUGACUCAAAAGAAAGGCCUGGCAGCCUAAUUCCAAAAAAUCAGACAUUGAAAACCCUGUGGAGCCCAGUUCCACUCUGACACACAUGCAGUCGCCAUGAGUUGGAGUCAGUUCGACAGCAAUCGGGUUAGUUUUUCUAGGUGGAGGUAACACCGGUACACACCUGUAACGUUACGGUGACAAUGAGACCAGGCAAGCUAGGCACCUGGUAGAUGUCCCCCCAGCCCACAGUUGACGAGUCCAAUGCCCAGAAGUAGUCUCAGAUGCCCCCAGGACACCAGGGCAGACUUGGGACCCAGGAUGCUGGGCGGGCAGGCGUCACCAUCUUCAUCCGAGGUCCAGACCAAGGAAGAGAAUUUGCCAAGGUGACCAUGGAGAAAUUGCUCUCCUGGGGGUGUGGGGUGAGGAAGAGUGGGGCCCCUGACACUGAAUUUCCCCUUCCUCCCCAGGGUGUCAUCCUUGACCUGGUUAGCGACAACUUGUUGUCCCGCCCGGAGAGCCGGGGCUUCGUCAUCGACGGCUUCCCCCGGGAACUGAAGCAGGCCAAGGAGUUUGAGCGCAUUGUGGGCCAGGCCCCCAACAUGGUCAUCGUGUUCGACUGCUCCAUGGAGACGAUGGUGCAGCGGGUGCUGCGUCGCAGGCAGCUGGAGCAUCGAGUGGACGACUGCGAGGCUGCAGUCCGCCAGCGCCUGGAUGCCCACUACUCCCUGUGCCAGCCCGUCCUCACCUUCUACCAGCAGAAGAACCUGCUCCGAAAUAUCCUGGCAGAAGAGACUCCGGAGAAUAUCUUUGUCAAGUGCUGCUCUGUCAUCGAGAGUUUGCAGUGAGACAGACAGGGCUGGCCCCAUGCCUUACCAGGACCCUGAGCAGGACUUGGACCUGGGUGUGCCCGUGCGGUGAGAUGCGGUGACAGCCCUAGGUUCUGACCUAGGCCGACCCUCCUGUAACCCUUUCCUGGGACCAGUCCCGAGUUGGGUCACCAACAACCACGCCCACAGGGGCAAGUUCCUGACAACUUGGAGGAGUCAUGGGGACUCUGACGGCCUCACCUGGGAAGGGGGCAGCUAUCACUGCUGCUGUCACUCAGGCCUGUGGGCCCAAGUAGCCAGGUUCUAAAUGUGAAACCUGAUUUUCAAACACUGGUAUUCAACCCUAAUUUCAAAAGGGACUCUCCAGCCAUACACAGUGGUCAGGCAGCUAACAUGGCCCUAGCGCACUCCUAUCCGUGCCCGAGCACCCAGCAGACCUUGUGAUCUGCUCCCGUACAGGUAACAGCAAGAAAGCCCUGUGGGGUAAUUCUAUUCUGUCACAUGGGAUCCUCAAGUCGGAAUCCACUGGGUGCCAUUUUUCUGAACAGGCCUGGUCUACCGGUAAUAGGCAAAGCCAGGCCCGAAACAGAGCCAGAACACCAACUGGGAGGCCCAGAGCCAGGUGUGCACAAUAGCAAGCUGCGUCCAUGGGAACCUGUCCCAUGGGCCUGCUCCCCAGAGGGAAAAAUGGGGUGGGGGAAGAUAGCACUGCUGGGGCUCAACCCGCUCCCCUUCCUGUGAGGGAACCGUACCCCGCUCUCGUUGGCCAGGCCUUGUUCCUCUUCCCCUACAAACACAACGGCGGCCAGCAUGCGGCUUUUAAACAAAAAAGCACUUUAUUUAACCAAAUUAAAAAAAAGGAAAAAAGUAAAUUAAGAAAGCACAAUAUACCUGCAGAAAAUUAUUUUCUCUUGUAUCUUUGUCUUAAAAAAAAAAAAAAAAAAAAUCAAACACAAAGCUUGUUAUUUCCAAUCACCAUUAUCAGGCAUUUACAACAUCUAGAAAGAACAGACAGCGGCUUUAAAACGCUACUUAAAACUCUACGGACAGAGAGGAAGAGACAGACGGCACCCGGCAGACACGGGGAGGUUUUGUUAUCAUUUAUUUGUGAAGUUAAAAACGAGCGAUAAAAAGUAAAAACUGCCGUACAAUUUUUUUUGUUUGUUUUCAUUUUUUCAGUUUCAGUCUUCUCUUGAACUGAUGAAACACGA